CCGGUGGUUGCGCGCGCCUCUUGGCAACGGAAGCCGAGCUCCACUAGAGCCGAGACGCACUUCCGCAACCGAAGCUAAAUAACUUUUAAACGAAAAUGCCUGUCUGCUGCGUGCUGGGGUGCAAAAACAGACAACAAUCCGGCAAGAAACUAAAAUUUUACCGAAUACCAACAGAAUACAGACCGUUUCAGGCUAACCGACGUCGUUUGUGGCUAAAAGUGAUCAAGCAACUGAAUGGCAGCACAGAGGAGCUCAAAGAAAAUGCUCGAAUUUGUGGCGCCCAUUUCCUAUCAGGGGAAGCAUCCAUGGACCACGACAGUCCAGACUUUGUGCCUUCUGUGUUUACAUGCAUGAAGCAGAGCCCGCGCCCCAAGAACCAAAGCACAAGCACAAGGAUUUUGGGGCGUAGAGGAAGAAGCCAGCGUCACCAAGCAGAAAAUAUAAUAGAGUCAGAGGAAAUGCCAACCAAAGCUGAUGAGCCUGAGAUUCAGGGGUCCUCUUCUGACAUUGUCCCAAUGGAAAUGAAUGGAAGUGAACCUUAUGAGCCUGAGAUUCAGGAGUCCUCUUCUGACCAUGUCUCACUGGAAAUGAAUGGAAGUGAACCUUCAGAAGAGAUCCAGUCACCAUCAAACACAAAAUGUUCAAAGGCUGAACAAACACUGACUGAAGAGACUGACACUGAAAUGAAAGAAAUUACCUCAACGCCUCUCAUGAAAAAUCCAUCAUGCAUUUUGAAACUUGAAAAAAAUAGUCCUGUAGUCCUCCUUAAGCGCAUACUUACUCCACUUGUGCAUGAAGAAGAAAAAGAAGAUGAUGAAGAAGAAGAAGAAGAAGAUGAUGAUGAUGAUGAAAGCUCCUCUUCUAGUAAUUUUCAAGAGACAUGCCCCUGUAGUCCUUUGGCACCGCCAGAUGCGCCUUCCUUUCCGUGCAACAUGUGUGAUCGAACUUUCACGGACAACCAUCACCUGAAGCGGCAUAAACUGCUUCACGUCAAAGAUGGCAGAAAGUGUCCAACAUGUGGUGUACUUUUCUGUCAACUUCACAGACACACAUUGUUCGUACCACGGCUUGAAGAGUCCUCAAGUGAGUCUGAGGAAGAUUCUUCCGUCAGUGAGUUGGAGGAUGUACCUGAACCAACGGAGACUGUGGAUGAGGCCGAAGACUUUAAGAGUUACUGGGAAUUUAUUCCCCUGUUAAAAAACAAUCUUUCCAUCAGUGAAGCCCACGCACCAAUAUCAGACGCAGAAAUGUUUAUUGAAAUGCCGCUAGAAAACAUCUGUGUUCCCUGUCCAGUUUUGCCAGAAGCCAAUCCCUCUGACAACAACACUACCAAACUACCAGAACCCGAAGCCUUUGUGGAACCUUGUUUACCUCCACCCAAGAAGCUUCCCCCUGCCCUACAGUUGUUUUCGCAUCAGUUCCUCACCUCAGCAUUUUUCCAAGUUAAAAGAAACUAUAAGUAUAUUUUUAGCAAGAAAAUGGAUGACUUUUCCACGGUUCGUUUAGAAAAUAAUCCCUGUGAGACAGAGCUGGACCUUUCGUCAUAUCAUAUGCUAAUUGAUGGGAGUGUUAAAAAGAUGCCAACUGCUUUCGACCUGCAGAUUGUGAUCUAACCAAAACACUGAGUGACAAAUUUGAGCUCUUUUUACUGGAAUGUAUUUGACAAAUGUCACAAGUAUUACAAACCUGCUGCUUUUUUUUAUUAUUAAACUGACUCACCUCUAA